GCGUCAAAACAUUGCGAGAAAUGGAAAUUAAUAUUUGUAACUAACGAAUUCAGUCAGAUUCGAGUUCUUAUAGGACUGAAAACUCUCUUUCUAGUUGUAAAGUGUCAGCAUGUCCGGCGAUCAGGGCGAUGUGUCCAGCUGCAAGCUGGAGAAACUCCAGCUGAAUGAGGAGCUGGAGCAGAGCGACUUCUUUCAGACCUACUCUCGCCUGGAGACGCACAUGGAUCUGCUGAAGGACUCGGCGCGCACCACGGCCUAUCAGGAUGCCAUUCAACACAACCGACAGCUCUUCGAGGGCAAGGUUGUGCUGGAUGUGGGCUGCGGCAUGGGGAUUCUCUCGAUCUUUGCGGCCAAGGCGGGGGCCAGCAAGGUGAUUGGAGUGGAGAACGCGGACAUUGCCGCACUGGCCAGCCAGAUAGUGAAGGAUAAUGGAAAGGAGAACGUGGUGAAUGUGGUCAAGGGGCUGAUUGAGGAGGUGGAGCUGCCCGAUGGCAUUCAGCAGGUGGACAUAAUUGUGUCCGAGUGGAUGGGCAACGCUUUGUACAUGGAGGGCAUGCUGCAUUCGGUGCUCUUCGCCCGCGACAAGUGGCUGCGCCCCGGUGGCCUGGUGCUGCCCAAUGUGGCCAAUCUGUGGAUAGCUGGUGCCUGUGAUCCGCAUCGCUCUCUCAACAAUGACUUCUGGAACAACGUCGAGGGCUUCGACAUGAGCAGCGUCAAGAAUCAGGUGGCCCAUGAGGCUGUCGUGGACUGUGUGGCCAGCCAGAAUUUGCUCACCAACGAGUAUCUCGUGCACACGACUCGCCUGGAGAGUGCCCCCAAUGCACCGAUCAAGUUUCGCACGACCUUUGAGCUGGAGGCCCUGCGCACCGGUAUAAUCCACUCGAUGAUCCUGUACUUUGACGUGGGCUUCUUUGUGGGCCAGACGGAGAAGCCCGUGACGCUUUCCACCUCGCCCCAGUCGCCCUGGACGCACUGGGAGCAGACCGUCCUGCAUCUGGACACUCCCAUUUAUGUCCAGGCUCACGAACGGAUCAGCGGCGGGGUCGGCAUGUUUCCCAGCGCGGGAAACAGUCGCUGCAUGAACUUCGAGCUGGGCAUCCGCUCCAAGGAAGCCCAGGGCCAGGCGUCGCAUUUCAAGUACUUUACCUCAUCGCAGAAGCUGUAGCUGUAGCUGCAGCUGGUGGGGAUGGGAUCGCAUUUGUGUCGUAAGAUGACGCAAAUGCCAUCAACAGAUAUUUGCCUUAUUCGCGUCGUCGAUCAUUAAAUGCGCUGAACAGAAA